CAUCAUAUGCUAUCACAUUCUGUCUGCCUCCCAUCCCAUGUUUUCAACUUGCAUGUGUGGUUUGAACGUGUGCAAGAAUUUGUGUGUGAUGUGUUCUGGAGUUUGGGAAUGUGUUUUGUGUUAUUUUGUUUGAGCAGGUUUUUUGUGAUGAUAGAUCUUGAGAAGAUCUUUCCGACGCAACGAGAAUCCCUUCAAUCGGAGCAAGAACGCGAAAGCUAUGAAGAUUCAAAGUUCAUGAGCUUGCGUUACAAUUGCGGCGGUUACAAAGUGAAGUUGUGGGGUGACUUUAUAUGGAGUUGGGACCUUUGGGGGUUGGGGAAAUUUGUCACUCUACUGUAACAGCUGCAAAUUGGUUGGGAACAACCAAGCUAGGUUGGCAAGGGUGGCCAACUUGGAUGGAUUGGUUGGGGAGGGACAAAUGUCAAAGUUGGGGUUCCUAUAGGGAGGGAAUCUUUGUGCUUAUGGGGUUUCCUUGGUUGGGGACUCUCUUGGGACCUUCCUUCUCAUCCCUCUCUUCUAUCCCAACCUUUCUCUUGCUCCUCUAAUUCCUUGUGAGAUUCUUGAACUUUGAUUGAACCUUUUGAGAUUGAGUUAAGUUCUCCUCCUACAGCUUACCCCCUAGUGCGUCGAAAGCCAUAGCGUCGCGAAUACUUCAUCAAUCAACAUGAUUCAAAUUGGGAACGGUAGCUGAGAUUAAGAGCUACAACAUAUCCAAGUUUCGCGACAUUCCAACGGCUAGUUUGUCGUCGACGUCGUUUCUUGUGAAGACGACUUUUCUGUCCAGAAUUUCGGAUUUAUAUUUUGAGUAAUUCUAGCUCCUAAGUUCACCUAGACUCCGUCCUUAAUCCUAACAAGUGGUAUCAGAGCGAUAUUAAGGACAUUGAGAGGAGUCUACAGAAGUUUGAAGACCCUUCUAGACCCACCAUGGCCUGUGGGUGUGCCUAAGUGGUGUUCUGAAGGUUGGAUGUGUCUUCCGCUAAGGGGAAACUCUGCCGAAAUUUCGUGGACGCCGACACUUGUGAAAAUAUCGAGGGAGCUGAGUGUGGACAGCAAAGGGGAGCUGAAAUUCGUCAUUUCUCAAGGAGAAGAUGAAUGAGAGAGGAGGAGAUGCUAAUGGAAGAGGAGCUGUAGCUGAGAAGACAAGUGAGCCGCCGCCAUCAAAAGUUGAAGCUUUGGAUGGCUCCAACUAUGAGGAAUGGAGCGGGCGGAUGAGGAGUGCCUUCAAACGCUACAAGCUCCUGAAGAUUGCUGUUGGGGAAGAGAAGAUGCCGGAAGAAGGCGAAGCACGUGAACGGUGGAUUGAGAAAAACGCGGUGCUUUUCGAUCUCAUCCUUCAAUCGGUCAACAAGGAGAUGUUCGAGCACAUCAAGGAUCUUGUGGAAGCGGAUGAUUCGGGUCCAAGGGCGUGGAAACUACUACGCGAUCAAGAUCAAUGGACACCUGAGUGGCUAAGGCAGCAGAUUCUGCAGGAGGACUUCCGCAGACGCCAUGUGGGAGGCGGUGCUGCCACUAAGACUGCUGAGGGGUAUGGAGCUGCAGGGCGCGGCAGAGGAAGAGGGGGUUGGAGAGGCCGAGGCCGUGGGAGAAGCUUUGGCACAGGUAGAGGCCGAGGUGACUAUAAUGAGGGGCAUGGAAGCUCCAGUGGCAGGGGGAGUACCAGAAUGGAGGGCACCUGCUGGUACUGCAAGAAGGUCGGGCAUCCUUGGUUCAAGUGCUUCAGCAGGCCGGAGGGAUGGUCACCUCCAGGCAUGAAGCCGCCAAGUGGUGAACGCGCACAAGGUGGCGCUGUGCAAGGCUCAGGUGCACAAGUUGAAGGUGCACAAGGUAACGCCUAUCCUGGGAUGUAUCUCAUGGUUGAGGAUGUGCAUGGGCAUAAGGGUGAUGUGGGAUCAGUGGGAAAGGUUGUGAUGCACCCUCUCACACACUGGGUGAUUGAUUCAGGGUGCACCAGUCACAUGACCCCACGGGCAGAUUUGCUUGAUGAGGUAAAACCCCCUGGGAAGAUUAAGUAUGUGGCAGCAGCGUCAGGUGCUUUGCUCCCCGUAAUUGGUGUUGGGAAUGCCAAGGUUAAGGGAGCUAAUGGGGAGCUUGUGGGGCUUGGGAAUGUUCUGCUGGUUAAAGGUUUGUCUGCUAACCUUCUCUCUGUGCGGCGACUGCAGAAGAGUAAGGCCGAAGUGACCUUUGGACCAACCAGCUGCCGUGCUAAGCUUGGGAAGAAGGUGCUGUGGAGUCUGGAAGAGGAGACCAGCUGCAUCAAGGACCUGUGGCAGCUGCCCAUCAUCCCUUGGAAUGGGAAGACUCCAAGAGCAGCAACGGCAGCAGCGGCAAAGGCAACAGCAGGAGGAGAUGCAACUGCACCAACAGAUGGGGUCCUGGAAGCAGUCAAGAAAGUGCAGAAGCAGCAGACACAUGGUGAGGUGCUUGCUGGUGUGGAUGCAAGUGCGGCAUGGGCUAAGGCUUCAUCAAGGAAAGUUGGUGAAGGAUGGGAGCCUGAAAGGAUUGGAGGUAAAGGGGGAUUGAAGGAGAUUGGGAGCUGCCCUACAUGCUUGGAGACCAAGUUCUCCAAGUUCCCCUUCAACAGCACUACAGGACCAGCCAAGACCCCACUUGCACUUGUGCACAUGGAUGUGGUGGGGCCCACAAGAGCCCCUUCCCUCUCAGGCAGCCGCUAUUUCUUGACAAUUGUAGAUGACCACACUCGGGCAGUGUGGGUUUACCCUUUGAAGAGCAAGGGGGAGGUGGCAGCGGCUGUCCUUAAGGAGUGGAUGCCUAGAGCUCAGAGGGAAUGCGGACACAAGGUGAAGGUGAUCCGCAGUGACAAUGGUGGGGAGUUCAUUGGAGCUGAUUUUGAGGGGGAGUUGAAGAGGAAGGGGAUCCAGCAUCAACUGACAGUGCCCUACAACCCACAGCAGAAUGGCGUGGCUGAGAGGUUCAACAGGACCCUGCAGGAGGGGGCACGCACUCUCCUUGGGCGUGCAGGGCUGCCUGAUCCGUUUUGGGUGUCUGCACUGAGGCAGGUCGCCCUUGUGAAGAAUAGGGUGCUGGCUACAGUUGGGGAUAAGGAGUGGAUCCCAUAUACCAAGUGGUAUGGGAGUGCUCCAGCUGUGAACAUGCUGAGGGCAUUUGGGUGCAUGGUAGUGUUUCAUGUGCCUAAGGAGAAAAGAGGGAAGUUGGAGGCUUCUGGAAGAUGGGGUGUGCACUUGGGGAUUGCAAAGGAUCACAAGGGGUGGCUGCUAUGGGACUUGACCACCCAGAAGUUGACAGUGUCAAGGGAUGUGAAGUUUCUUGAGUCCCUGUACUACAAGGAAUGGAAGCAGCAGCAACAGAAGCUUCCAUCUACACCGCUCAUUGUGGAGGCAGAUGAGGUGCAGCAGCCUUCAAGACAGGUGGAGGUUGCAGUGUCAGAGGAGGAGAUGUCUGGGGUGACUGAGGAAGGGGGAGCAGCUGAAGUGGAGCAGCAGCAGCAGCAGGAGCAGCAGCAGCAGCAUGAGUCUCCACCUCGAGUUCCACACCCGCCUGAGCGUCCUAGGAGGGAUGUGCGCCCUCCUGUGAGGCUGACCUAUGGGGGAAGAGGCAAGCCGAAUGUGGUGCAGGCUGGGAGUGUGGUUGAGCAGAUUGAGGAAGAUGAGAUCGCUCACUGCUACUGGGCACCAAUCCCUGAGCCCAAGACUCGAGAGGAGGCCUUGAAUGGACCAAAUGGGGAGAAGUGGAAGGCGAGUGAGGAUGAGGAGUUCGGGUCCCUGAUUGAGAACGAGACAUGGGACCUGUGUGACUUGCCUCCUGGGAAGAAGGCAAUCACUUCCAAGAUGAUCUACAGGCACAAGUAUGGACCUGAAGGGGAGCUGACCCGCUACAAGUCAAGGCUUGUGGCACGGGGGUUUCAGCAGACAAAGGGGAAGGACUAUGAUGAGGUGUUUGCUCCUGUGGGGAAAGGAACAACAUUGAGGGUGCUAUUGGCGAUGGCUGCACUCCUGGGAUGGAAGAUACGGCAGAUGGACAUUGUGACUGCCUUUCUGAAUGGGAUCAUUCUGGAGGAGGUGUACAUGAAGCAGCGAGAGGGGCUGGAUGAUGGGAGCGGCAGGGUCUGCAGGCUGAAGAAGGCCAUCUAUGGCCUUAAGCAGGCGCCUCGUGCAUGGUAUCACAAGUUGGAGGAGGCGCUGUUGGCUGGGGGUUUCAAGAAGAGUGAGUGUGACCCCAGCCUGUUCCUGCUGCAGGAGAAGGAUGAAAUCCUCAUGCUCUUGGUGUACGUGGAUGAUAUCCUUCUCUUUUCUGCAUCAACUGCUUUGCUGGACAGCGCAGAGCAGAUGCUAGAGAUGCAGUUCAAGUGUUCCAAGAUGGGUGAGGUGAAGUACUACUUGGGGAUGCAUGUGGAGAGAGAUGUGGAGAAGGGUGUGCUGAGGUUGCACCAGAGGAAGUACUGUGAGGGGCUGGCUGAGAAGUAUGGGCUGCAAGAUGGGGGAAAGCCAGCAACACCACUACCUUCGGGGUUCACUGUGGAGCCAUGUGCUGAUGAGGAGGUAGUGGGUGAGAGUGACAGGAAGCUGUUUCAUUCGAUGGUUGGGUCGCUGAAUUAUGCUGCAAAUCAUACACGGCCUGACAUUGCAUUUGCUACAUCACGGUUGGCUAGUGUGGUCUCACGCCCUAGUCAUGAGCAGCUGGAAGCGGCCAAGAGGUUGGUCCGCUAUGUGAGUGCUACGGCAUCAGUGGGAUUGGAGUACAGUGGAGUGAGGCAGCGGUUGCAGAGAGGUGCUGCAGAUGUGAAGAGUGGAGAGAUGCUCUUGAGUUGCUAUACUGACGCAAGCUUCAACUCAGUGAAAGCGGAUGGCACCAGCAUUGGGGGUUAUGUGUGCUUGCUGGGAGGUGGUGCUGUGAGCUGGCGCAGCAAGAAGCAAAAUGAGGUGGGAUUGUCUUCAUGUGAGACUGAGUACAUGGCCUUACACCAUGGGGCCAAGGAAGUGGUAUGGCUGAGGCGUCUGUUGGAGGAGUUGGGAGUUGGUCAGGAGGAGCCGACAGUUGUGUUCUGUGACAAUGAGUCUGCAGUGAAGCUGGCCAAGAAUGCUUGUCUGCAUGGUCUGACAAAACACAUAAGGCCUAAGUGGCACUGGGUGAGGAGACUCCUUGAUAAGGAGGUGCGGCUGGAGAUAGUGAAGACCCAUCAGCAGGCAGCAGAUAUUUUCACCAAGCGUCUGGCGGAGGCGGAUCAUUGGAAGGGCAUGAAGCUUGCUGGGAUGAGUGUGCAUUGAGUAUGCAUGCUUGAGAUGUGGUAUGGUGGAUGAUGGUUGGCAGCCAGAGGGGGAGAUUGUUGUGUGAUGUCAUCAUAUGCUAUCACAUUCUGUCUGCCUCCCAUCCCAUGUUUUCAACUUGCAUGUGUGGUUUGAACGUGUGCAAGAAUUUGUGUGUGAUGUGUUCUGGAGUUUGGGAAUGUGUUUUGUGUUAUUUUGUUUGAGCAGGUUUUUUGUGAUGAUAGAUCUUGAGAAGAUCUUUCCGACGCAACGAGAAUCCCUUCAAUCGGAGCAAGAACGCGAAAGCUAUGAAGAUUCAAAGUUCAUGAGCUUGCGUUACAAUUGCGGCGGUUACAAAGUGAAGUUGUGGGGUGACUUUAUAUGGAGUUGGGACCUUUGGGGGUUGGGGAAAUUUGUCACUCUACUGUAACAGCUGCAAAUUGGUUGGGAACAACCAAGCUAGGUUGGCAAGGGUGGCCAACUUGGAUGGAUUGGUUGGGGAGGGACAAAUGUCAAAGUUGGGGUUCCUAUAGGGAGGGAAUCUUUGUGCUUAUGGGGUUUCCUUGGUUGGGGACUCUCUUGGGACCUUCCUUCUCAUCCCUCUCUUCUAUCCCAACCUUUCUCUUGCUCCUCUAAUUCCUUGUGAGAUUCUUGAACUUUGAUUGAACCUUUUGAGAUUGAGUUAAGUUCUCCUCCUACAGCUUACCCCCUAGUGCGUCGAAAGCCAUAGCGUCGCGAAUACUUCAUCAAUCAACAUGAUUCAAAUUGGGAACGGUAGCUGAGAUUAAGAGCUACAACAUAUCCAAGUUUCGCGACAUUCCAACGGCUAGUUUGUCGUCGACGUCGUUUCUUGUGAAGACGACUUUUCUGUCCAGAAUUUCGGAUUUAUAUUUUGAGUAAUUCUAGCUCCUAAGUUCACCUAGACUCCGUCCUUAAUCCUAACAGUAACA